AUGGCCUCGCCAAAACCGGCACUGCCGCCCCUCACCGCCCGCCCCCGCGCCGCUAUAAAGGCUGCCGUUCGCCGCCCUGGUAUCGGUAACGUUCUGUCUUGCUCCCAUCCCUCCCCCUUCGCUGAGGUCGCACCUCAGCCGGCUCACGACGCCUCCUCAGCCAUCCUUCGCCGCGAUAUUGGACCACCAUUCCCACCCGGCCUGCGUCGCGUCCGUUGCCUCGCACAGCCAACGCCGACCUUGCCGCUGGAGGACGAUCCCUGCGCUGCGAGUUUCUCCUUCCCCACCGACAGUCCUGGUCAUUCUCCUGUCGCCAGCCCGCAUCCGUCUCUCGGUCGCUGA